CAACCGACUCGUAAUAUAUUGGGAUCGCCUAUAACUGCGCAGGGCUUGCUUUCAUCGGGGGGUAGAGAAGAAAAAGAAGCAAGAAAAGGAAAAAAAAGAAGAUGGCGGCAGCGGCGGUCGAGAAGCAGGUGCCGGCAGCGGCGGGGGAGAAGCGGGCGGAGGCGGAGGGCGAGAUGUUCUCGCCGCCGGCGAAGGUAAGGGGGGGCGGAGGAGAAGGGCUGCGGCAGUACUACCUGCAGCACAUCCACGAUCUUCAGCUCCAGCUCCGCCAGAAGACUCACAACCUCAACCGUCUCGAGGCCCAGCGCAACGAACUCAACUCCCGAGUAAGAAUGCUUCGAGAGGAGCUACAACUACUUCAAGAGCCUGGGUCAUAUGUUGGUGAAGUGGUGAAAGUUAUGGGGAAAUCAAAAGUCUUAGUUAAAGUUCAUCCAGAAGGGAAAUAUGUUGUGGAUAUUGAUAAGAACAUUGAUAUAACAAAGAUCACACCGUCAACCAGAGUUGCUCUUCGCAAUGAUAGUUAUGUGCUUCACUUAAUCUUGCCUAGCAAAGUAGAUCCUUUGGUUAAUCUUAUGAAAGUUGAAAAGGUUCCUGAUUCUACUUAUGACAUGAUUGGUGGUCUUGACCAGCAAAUCAAGGAGAUAAAGGAGGUCAUUGAGCUUCCAAUUAAACAUCCUGAAUUAUUUGAAAGCCUUGGAAUAGCUCAACCAAAGGGAGUGUUGCUUUAUGGGCCUCCAGGUACAGGGAAAACUCUGCUAGCAAGAGCAGUUGCUCAUCAUACCGAUUGUACCUUCAUUCGGGUUUCUGGUUCUGAGUUGGUUCAGAAAUACAUUGGAGAGGGCUCCAGAAUGGUUCGAGAACUCUUUGUUAUGGCUAGGGAACAUGCUCCAUCAAUCAUUUUCAUGGAUGAAAUCGACAGCAUUGGAUCUGCAAGAAUGGAGUCAGGCACUGGCAAUGGCGAUAGUGAAGUUCAACGUACCAUGCUUGAGCUUCUCAACCAGCUUGAUGGAUUUGAAGCAUCAAACAAGAUCAAAGUUCUGAUGGCCACAAACCGGAUAGACAUCUUGGAUCAAGCCCUCCUCAGGCCUGGCCGGAUUGAUAGAAAAAUUGAGUUCCCUAACCCUAACGAAGAGUCUCGUUUGGAUAUCUUGAAAAUUCACUCGAGAAAGAUGAACCUGAUGCGAGGUAUUGAUCUUAAAAAGAUCGCAGAAAAGAUGAAUGGGGCAUCUGGAGCAGAACUCAAGGCGGUGUGCACUGAAGCAGGCAUGUUUGCACUCAGGGAGAGAAGAGUUCAUGUAACCCAGGAGGAUUUUGAGAUGGCAGUAGCCAAGGUCAUGAAGAAAGAGACUGAGAAGAACAUGUCCCUCAGGAAGCUGUGGAAGUAGAUCUUCUCUAUUUUCUCGCUCUUCUUAUUGAUGUUCCGAGGGGCAUAAAUUAUUGUACGUGAUCCUUAAACCUUUUUGAACUUGAAACUGUUGCAUUUUAAGUGGUGAUUCGGUAAAGUUUAUGCAAAUGCUGUAAGUAUACCAUGAUAGGACAUCUAAUAAUGAUGGGUUAGCUUGGUCCUUGUGUUAUGGAAUGAUAGCUAGGCUGGCAA